AAUGGAAUUUCAGUUCAACUUUUCUGUAGACAAAAUAGUGGAAAACAGAACAGAUGCUGCUGAGAAUGAAAAGCUACAGCAGGAAAUAGUCCUACUGAAUAAUCGAGACAUUUCGGAAAAGAGCAAUGAGAUUACCUCAGAAGAAAAUAAAAUAAAUGAGGAGUAUUUACCAGGAGCCACUGCUAAUAUAUCAGACCACAGCACUUCAAAUGCAAACCCAGACACAAGUUUGUUGAGGAAACAAUCCUGUCCCAAAUCUGCCAAGAUGCACAAUCUUCCUAAAGAUGUCAGUAAAGUCCUUGAGAGCAAAAUUCUUGGAACCUUACCAGGUAUUCACUAUGCAAAUAUUUCUGUGGUGGAGACUACACUCCCAGGUAACUGUGUUGGAGAAAACAUAAUGUCUAAAAGCAUUUCUUCUCAGUCUGACCUAAUUACAGGUGUCUAUGAAGGAGGUCUAAAGAUCUGGGAAUGCACUUUUGAUCUCUUGGAUUAUUUGUCAGAAACUGACAUUGAGUUUGCCCAAAAGUUCGUUUUGGACCUUGGCUGUGGAGCUGGGCUGUUAGGAAUAGUUGCAUUAAAAGGAAAUGCUAAAGAAGUGCACUUUCAAGAUUAUAACAGUUCAGUAAUUGAAGAAAUCACCAUACCUAACAUACUGGCUAAUUGUUCUCUUCAAGAUGAUGAUGGUGAAGAAGAUACCCAGUCUAGGAAAAAAGACUUCACCCAAGAUUUUCUGUCUAAAUGCAAGCUUUUUUCUGGGGAAUGGUUAGAAUUUAGUAAACUUGUUUUAAAUAAUACUAAGCCCUUAGCAAAAUAUGAUCUCAUACUUACGUCAGAAACUAUUUAUAAUCCUAAUUACUAUGAAGCUUUCCAUGAUACACUUUCAAGUUUAUUGGCAAUAAAUGGCAGCAUAUUUUUAGCUAGCAAAGCGCAUUAUUUUGGCUGUGGAGGUGGGGUCCAUCUUUUUACAAGUUUCAUAGAGAAGAAAAAUUUAUUUAAAUAUCGAACAAUUAAAGUUAUUGAUAAGGGGCUCAAGCGUUUCAUUAUUGAACUGACAUUUAAGAAUUCCUGUUAAUAUGCUGUCUGGGUCAGCAUAUCAUUAAAUAUUUAUUUUCUGUUAUUCAGAAAUGUUCUAAUAAAUUACUAGCACAUUUGAUUUACUUACACCAAAGCUUUUUUCACUUGCCUUUUUUCUCUUUUCCCCUUUUCUUUGAAUUAUUUUGAAUUAUUUGUGUAGGAUAUGUACCAUAUCAGCAUAUUUUCUAGCUUAAGUUUGUCUAGCAGUCCUCUCACAUGAAUUUCUAAGACUGCAUUCUUUUAUGGACUUAAUUUGACUCAACAACUGUUAUUUCCUCAUCUAAUUCAUCCAAGAUUGAUACUACUUGUGCAACAUUUUUGCCUCUAACACAUCAAUCACAGUUCAUAGUUAUCCCAAUAAUUCUUACUGGCAUAAAGAUCCAUCUAGUCUAGGAUCUAAGGCAGCUACUUCAAAAGAGCAAAAUAGGAACAGCAUUGUUCUGUACUUAAAAAUCGACAAGUUUCCAUUUCUAAAUUUGUUGUACAGGCUAUCUCUGAGAAUAACAUAUUUAUGGUGAAAUGCAUGCUUGAUAUUUUCCUGCUAACCUGAUAGACAUCUUAGAAUGACAAACUAGUCAAACCAGCCCUUGUAGUUAGUUAAUCAGAAAAUUGGGUUCAAUAAAUCAUGGCUCAAUUAACCAUGGAUAAAUUAUAUGUAUCAGUUAAAUGGUAUUUAUCUUUUA